AUGCCAAAAAGUCGUCUCUUUUACAUCCGAGAUGAGAACUCCGGAUACUUGUUUUUAGUGGACACUGGGGCACAAAUUAGUGUAAUACCAGCCAAACCUAAUAUGUUGACUAGAAAGACAGAUUAUACGUUACAAGCGGCGAAUGGAUCUUCAAUCCAGACAUAUGGUGAAACCUCUUUAACCCUAAAUCUGGGAUUUAGGCGAUCUUUUCCGUGGGUAUUCACGAUAGCCCAAGUUCGAACCCCAAUCCUAGGAGCGGAUUUCCUCGCCCACUUUAACUUGUCCGUUAAUAUGUCUUCCCUUUCUUUGGAGGAUAAAACGACCAACAUUACAAGGAAAGGAAUUGCAUCUAUUUAUACGAGCACAUGUAUCAGCGCAACUCUACCUGAAGCCAACGGAAUGCAGGAUCUGUUACAAAAAUAUUCUCAAAUUACAACACCAUUCCGGUAUACAGAAACCGUUUGUCACAAUGCUGAGCACCAGAAUGAUACUACGGGCCCACCCACGCAUUCAUCUCCACGGCGAUUGAGGCCUGAUAAAUAUAAACUGGCGAAAGACGAGUUUCAGCACAUGCUGGAGCUCGGUAUAAUUAGACCUUCUUCGAGUCCUUACUCAUCUCCUCUUCAUAUGGUUCCAAAACCGGACUCAGGAGCUUGGAGACCUUGUGGCGACUUCCGGAAGCUGAAUGCUACUACAAUUCCGGAUAAAUACCCCAUCCCGCACUUGCACGAUUUCGCAGUGGGUCUGCAGGGCGCCACAGUCUUCACCAAACUUGAUCUGGUGAAAGCAUUCCACCAGAUACUAGUGGCCAAGGAAGACAUCCAUAAAACAGCAAUAACUACUCCUUUUGGCUUAUACGAAUUUCACCGCCUCGUAGUUCGCUACACACAACUCUGUCGAGCGGUCUCCCGCCGUCACAUUUAUGCCAGCGAACACCAACCAAUUUGCAUACGGCCAAGUUCACCUCUCGCCAAUUCUCGCGGCUACAAGAUCGCGUUUCCCAUAAGUCCGACUCACCGUAAUGGUGGUGUUUCUUCCUUCGGACCAAUUACUGCCCUGCACGCCAGACACAAACGAACCCUCUUAUGUCGAGAGCUAAGCCUUUCUAAGGAACCUACAGACUGCAUGAAAGGACUGGAGCAGCUGUUAUGUAAUUGGCUGGAGGCAAAAUCUAGCCAACCUACUCAAAAUCCGGAAAGAUAUUCUCACCAGCAAAAACGUCCUGAAUUGGAUACCUAUAUGUCUUCAGUCAGUAAACAAAGUGAACGUGUAAAUGCUGCAUCUGCACUUGUAGCUUUGGCUUGUGCACGUGGACAUUUGGAGCUCUUCAUCCAUACUGUUCAUUUAUUGCAAAUGCUAAAAGACAUUGAACAACUUCCAUUGGCUGAUAUACUAGCCCGUUUACUGGAUACAGAAGGUGGUCCUGGUCAGACAAUCUCUGUUUUAGGGAGUAAACAUGUCGCAUCGUGGGGAUUUGAAGAUCUCCUUAAUCCAUCAGAAAAAGAUCCUGUGGAGAAAGAAAAAGAAAAAGGUUUGUGA